UGUGUGUGUGCGAGCUGGAAAAUUGAGCAGCUUUUGCUCACCUCUUCAAAUCGAUUAUCUCUCUUGAUUCUCCUCUCCGCUCAUAGCUCAUCACGGUGUGGCAUGAACCGUAAACCGUAGCGUAUUUGGACUUUGAAUGAUACGGGUUUGGUUUAUGUGGUUGGUCGACUGGUUGGGCUGGUGGAUGAUUGAACUUGGGAGUUGGAACGAUGAUGGUGUGUGGCCGUGGCGUGGCGCGCGGUGGACCCUUGCGAGAGCGAAAAUCCAUUCCGACGACUGCUUGUGCUUGUGCUGUGCCUGCCGUCAGUCUUUACCAGAGCGAGCGAGCGAGAGGUGUGUCGAGUCAAGCAGCCAGCCCACAAUUGAUUGGACCCAACAGCGAAAAAAAAACACGGGGGCGAAGAAACCCGAAGAAUCUUUGAUUGUGCGUCUUGGAUUAUUCUCCUGCAAAGAAGGGGCAGGCUUCACGAGUUUUGGAUGUUCUAAUAGCUGGCAGCACACACAAGUGCAUUCCAGUGCAGUGACAACACAGGGAAGAAGCAGGAAGCUGUUCAGUGGAGUUCUUAAUCGAAAGAAGUGGUGGAUUUGAGUGGUUUUCUGGGGAAAGGUCAAUCGGUGAAGAAGUGGGAUUUAUUGAAGAUUUUCCAAGAAUUUGGAUUAGAUUCUGUAGAAGUGUGGAAGUCUGUGGGUCGUGUAUCGUAAAUUUACUUGCAAAAGAAGAUUUUUCCGGAGCCGAAGAGGAUGGUCCAUUUGUGCAAAGUUGUCUAACAGGAAGAGGAAGCUGUUGGAAGCAGGAAGAAGAAAAGUUGCUUGCAUCCAUCGGUGGUGAAGUGUGUGGAAAAGUGGUUUUUGCACUGAUUUAGAGAAUGGUACCGAAAUUCAUAUGAAAUCCGGAAAUUUGCUGUAGUGAAAAGUGCAGUCGAUGGGAAAAAAUUGGUGAAAAAACUUGUUCCGACGAGGAAAGUGUUUGAGGAAGUUCUUUUUCCUCCAUUCGCGAGUCGUAGAAAGUUGUAGGCUGUGGAUACACAUAAAAAUAUAUAAGUAAAGCCAGCGCCCUCUAGUUUGAGCUCUCGGAAAGCGAAGCUCGGAAGAAAACUUCGCGUGAAGAAGAAAUAGUAGUGAGCACAGAAACGCAAGCGGCGACCGCGGCCGGAGUGCGAUUACGCCGAAGACCACGACGACGACGACGAAGACGAUCGAUGCUCGAUUAGCUGCCGCUCCUGUUCCUGCUGGUGCUGGUGCUGCUGGCUGUUCGUCAUCGAGACGACGACCAGAAGAGCGACGACGACGACGACCGCGUACAACAACAGGACGGCCAUACCAUGGCUGCUGGUGAGGAAGAGUUGAUGGUCGUACUGCGAAAGAGUGAGGAUGCAACUUUUGGCUUCUCGCUGCUGCGGACCGAUUCGCUGAUUGGAUUCCCCCAUGUCAUCUACGAUAUCGUGGAGAACUCGCCGGCUGCCGAGUGCGGAGAGGUCGAAGCCGGUGAUGUAAUCGUGAAAGUUAAUGGGACCGACGUCCACGGAUUCACCACCAAAGACGUGCUAAAAUGCCUUCGGCUUUCAACGGAUCCAGUUACGCUGGAGCUCAAAAGAGAUCCCAAAAUCAAAGCACACGUUCGCAAGUACUUGGCUUCCAUCAGCAACCAGCACCCGCACUCGGACGGUCACCUGUCGCAAGGCUCGAACCCCUCGUCGCCAACUCACCACCGCCACUCGCCAGCUUCCCCUCUGUCCGAACGGGGUCCCAGUCGGAUUCAGCCACCGUCGAUAACGACCAGCGGUGGCACACCGGGCCGGUACGGCCAUCGGGUCAGUUCGUCCGAUCCGUCAUGCCGGCCCUCGCGGAUACCACAGGCCGUACUGGCGAAAAACUCCUGGAGUGCACCGCAGUCCCCGCACGGAAUCAAACCACCCCGGCCGUCGCUGAUACCGACCGUUGUUAACGGAGCGACGCCACACCAGCAGCAGCAUCAUCAGUAUUCGACAACGAACAACUCGUCUUCGCCGUUCUUCCGGCAGGAACACCCCCAGCAGAACCCAUUCCAGCAGCAGCAAGUACCAAAAAAAGGCUUCGAGGCGUACAUGAUGACCGGUGAUCUGAUACUGAAUCUCUCACGUACGCCACAGAGUUCAGGGAUACUGCCACAAGCCAAGAAGAUCGACAGUUUACGGGACUCGCCGAGCCAUCGGGCCAGCACGAAGCGGAAAAACGGUGCUAUCGCUCCCCAUGCCAAGUGCGACUCGUCGCCAUCGUCACCCAGUAGCAGCAGCAAUAGCUAUUCGGAGCACAUCGACAACAACAGCAGCAGCAACAACAGCAAACAGCAGCGUACUUUGCCAAAGGAACAUUCUUCUUCGCUGAAGAAGAGCCGAAGUCAACAGCAACGGGGGGAGGAGGAGGAGGAGGAGGAACAAGAACACGAUCAUAACGAUCAGAACACGGGUAGUUCAAUCGAGUCGAUAGUGAACAGCAGUAGUAAAAAGCUGAGCGGUAGCGCAGGUAGCAAUCACAACAACAACCACAAUAACAAUCGGUUUGCGGAAGAGGACGAACGUGCACUGGUGAAUUCAUCAUCGAAACAUAGUAGUAGUGAAGCAGCGGCUGGAGGUAAUACCGGACGGACAAUCGGUAGCAAUACCAACAGCGCAGGAAGUAGUGUGGACGCAGCGGACGAGGACGAGAACGCUGACGAUCUGAUCGAUCUGAGAAGCGCACGAACAAACACUAGUGGCUGUGUGUCGUCUUCGUUGCUCGGGGAACGGAACUCGGCCAGGCGAGACGUCCGCCCCGCCGGAGCCCAGGACGGCAGUAAUCUGAGUGUCACUGUUCAGCCGGGAAAUUCCGUUGGAAGCGACAGCAGUAGCGCGGCGGCAACCAACGGUGACCUACGCCAUUAUCACUCCAAGGAGCGUAGUAAAUCUUCCUCAUCGGCAGCUUCCUCUGGGGGCGGUGGAACCACAGUGAAAAGUGAUAGUUCCCCGGAAAUGAGCUAUUCUGUGCCAACGUCGCCGACGUCGCUGUCGGCGGCUCCGAUCCUCGAGGGCUAUGCGUCCUCGCUAAAGAAAAGGGAUUUACUACUAGCAAACUCAGUGCCGACUAGUCCGGAAUCCGGAGCGCAAGAAAUCGUUCGUCGUAGCAGUAGCGGUAAUCAUCAUCAUCAACCUCAUCACCAUCAUCAUCACCAUCACCACCAGCACCAGCAGUUCCACCAUCACAGCAGUAGUAACAAUCAAUCGUCCAACAGUGGCGGUCCCGCUGUUGGUCAUAGUUCCAGUCUCAUGAGUGCCAGUAUCAGCGCGGGUGGCGGUGGAGGAAGUGGCGGAAGUGCAGGAGGUGGUGGUGGUGGCGGGGUUGUCCGCAAGUGCGAUGCUGCCGGAUUCCGAACCAGUCGGUCCGAGGAUCACCUGCAGCAGACGCAGCGGGAUGGCGGAAUCGGAGCGUUGGUGCCCAUCGAAAUCGACGAGGACGUGAACAGUUCGCUGAAUACGCUACUCGAUACGCGGCACGACUCGGAGGAAUCGCAGGGCUCCGAUCACGACCGAAUAGUGUGGACGUAUAACGCGCCGGUGUCGCAAAGUAACGGUGCGGCCGGACCGGCGGCGGGCAUCAUCACUUCUCCGAUUUCGCACUCCAGCUCGAUGAGUUCCUCGCCGCAGCGGUCGGCCAGCGAUAGUCCCGCCUCGCCUACGUCCGUGUCCUCGUCUGUGAUGUCGUCGUCCGGUGGAUCCAAAGGUGCCAACGAUCAUACCCACAACGGGUACAGCAACAGUGGCUUCGAGGGGGGCCGGGGCGGUAGCGGUACCCACAGUAACCUACAGAGCCUCAGCUGUCCGAACGGAAGUGGUCCCGGCGGCGGAGGGGGCGGCAUGGACCAGAGCGUUUCGGAAGCGGUGUCGAACAUUUCCAGCCCGGACUACCAGGAUGAGCAUGAUUUGCUCAGCACGCGGGACCUGGCCGCGAUGGCGAUCAGCGAUCCCAGUGAUUCCGACUCAACGAUAUUGGUUUCGGAGACAACGCAUCGAGUGCACGAUCGAGAUCGUGACCGUGAUCAUAAGAUUGUGAUACAGGUUAAGGGAAUGCAGCAACAACAAAUGUACAACCAACAGCAGGAUAGUAUGCGAUAUUCCGAUCUGAAGGACUCGGAAGACGAACUGGCAACCCUGACCGAAGACACGCCUACCAUGUACUUCGGACAGGAUGGCCAACUGAUGUACGGCGGUGGUGGUGGCGGUCGGGAAUCGUCGCCACCGGUGUCGGACGACGGUAGCGAUGUGGAUUCGCUACAUUCAUUCCAUUAUUCGCCAAAGGCAGUAGAUCUUCCAUCGGCCGAGCGCCUGGCCAAACGCUUAUACAAUCUAGAGGGCUUUAAGAAGAGCGAUGUCUCACGACAUCUCAGUAAAAACAACGAUUUCAGUCGUGCCGUAGCUGAUGAAUACCUUAAGUUUUUCCUCUUCGAGCGGUUAACGCUCGACGAAGCGCUGAGGCUAUUCCUGAAGCAGUUUUCCCUGUCCGGUGAAACGCAGGAACGCGAACGGGUGCUGGUGCAUUUCUCCAAACGAUACCUGGACUGCAACCCGGGAUCUUUCAAUUCGCAAGAUGCCGUUCAUACGCUUACAUGUGCAAUAAUGCUACUCAACACGGACCUGCACGGGCAAAACAUUGGCCGGAAGAUGACAUGCUCGGAAUUCAUCGAGAAUCUGAGCGAACUGAACGAUGGCGAGAACUUCCCCAAGGACAUCCUGAAGCAGCUGUACCAGGCCAUCAAGACUCAGCCGCUCGAAUGGGCACUGGAUGACGAAUCGCCGGACCAGCAGAAGCUUGGCGGAGGUCGAAACGACGGUACCAUGGGCGGAAAUGGGAGCGGUGGUGGCACGGGUGGCAGUUUGCAAGGUCCUCCGGUGGGACCCAACCCGUUCCUGGAUCCUCCCCAGCCGGCGGCCAUCGAGUACAAGAAGGGUUACGUGAUGCGGAAGUGUUGCUACGACACGAACUACAAGAAAAGUUGUUGUGCUUUCUUUACAGCGCCCUUCGGGAAGCGUUCGUGGAAGAUGUUCUACUGUACGCUCCGCGAUUUGGUGCUAUACCUUCACAAGGACGAGCACGGUUUCCGCAAGAACCAAAUGUCGGACAACGUCCACAAUGCGAUCCGCAUCCACCACGCCCUGGCGACCAAGGCCAGCGAUUAUACCAAAAAGCAGCACGUUUUCCGAUUGCAAACGGCUGACCAGUCCGAGUACCUUUUCCAAACGAGCGACUCCAAAGAGCUCCAGUCGUGGAUCGAUACGAUCAACUUUGUGUGCGCAUCGUUCUCGGCCCCACCGCUAGAGGGAGGCGUCGGCAGCCAGAAGCGUUUCCAGCGGCCGUUGCUUCCCUGCACGCACACGAAACUGCUAUUGCGAGAACAACUAGCAUCCCACGAAGAACAAGUCAACAAGUUGGAGAACCUGCUGGCUGAACACAAGCGGUCAACCAUCCCUACGAAAGGUUUGGCGUUGCAGAACUACAAAGAAAAGGAAGCUUAUCUACUCUAUGAGUUGAAGCGCUACAAAACGUACUACUAUCUGCUAAGUUCCCGCAUGAACUCGGACCAGUCGCUGGACUUCGAGAACCUGCUCACCCUGGGCGAUAGCGGUGUCCUGCUGGAGUCGGACGAAAUCCUCCAGCGAAAUCGGCAAAACACUGAAGGCGGUGGUUUCGGAAGCGCAGGCGCAAAUCAAACCAUCAUCCAACAGCAACCUUUGGGGGGCGGCCAGCAGCAACAGCUGCAACUGCAACUGCAACCGGGACUCGGGAACACGACAACGAUGGCGGCGGCGACGACUGGCGUCAGCGGCGGCGGCAGCAUCUCCAACAGGAGUGAUAGUAGACAAUAUAAAACCUGAGACGACCCCCUGUACAUCACAACUGCCUUUUACCAAUACCACGAUCAUGACCACGACCACCAUCCAGAAUCCUUGAGUCCCAGCGGCUGCUCGGAACCGGAGCCGGAUCCGUUCAGUUCCGUCGCUGCCAAUGCCACCUGCUGUUCUACCGUACUGGCCAUCGUGACCUCUACCCUAAGAUCCCUAUCCUACUUCCUGGCUCCGCAAAAUCUUUCCACCACCACAACGGCAGUGGUGGAUAGUAGUAGUAGUGCGACAGAGGACAAUCCUACCAACACCAGCACCACUGCUUCCUCUGCCACUGCAUUCAAAUCAUCCUAUGGUCAAAAUGUGUGAGUAUAAUGCAAUCCUUUUAUAAGGCCUCUUUCAAAUGCGCUCCCUGUAUUUUGUUGUACAUAUUCGAUUUGUUGUAUAGUUUUAUAUUGUCCCUCGAAUCCUGUAGGCUUCCUCCUCAGUCCAUCGAUUUCCGAGGGUUUCUCCCUCUUGGAUCCUUUGUUUUGUUGUUAACGACCUUUAUUCAAGAUUUCAAAAUACGGCGCUUUAUUCCUUGAUCGAUAUACAUAUAUACAUACAUACAACUAAUAUAUAGACUAAGCGAGUGAUAAGACACACACCUUCUGAAUGUGUGCGUAGAACAGUAUGAGCGUGAGAGAGAAUUUUCUGAAACUUCUUAGAUACCACGCAAUCGAACGAGCGCCGGAAAAUGUGAGAAAAACGAUUUUUCAUGAAAGUUGUAUAUUUUACCAUUAAACUGAGUGUAAAAAUAGUUAAACAAUGGCAUUUUUAUACAUCAAACAUCCCCAACGUAAGCAACAUAGUCUAGCAUAUGCUCCCGAGUGGCAGAAUCCGUUUGUAACAGAACGAUAUCCUUCAAAAUAGUUAGCGAAAUCCCCAUAUGAAAACGUCUCCAAGGCUAUUGUGCACAUUGUGCGGAAGACGCAAAAUAACAAUGGAACAAGUGCUGCCAACUGUUGGUCGCCAAAUUUGCCAUGCCAACAUUUCUUUGAUCUGUUUAAAACAUAGCAAGCAAGCGAAACGAACCAGCGCCUACUAGGUAUCAUGGUGGCAAUUGUGUUGUUUGCUUUUCAAAACCAACUUCUACGCUAGCUACUACUGCAUGGCCUACUUUAGCACAAUCGUCUCUAUUCGUUUCUGGGCGCCAUUUUUACACCCUGUGCUGCAUAUUCAAUUGGUAUUGCGCAACGUUGGAGUCCUCCCUUGUCAAAAACCUUUCCUCAAUAUUUAUUAUCGAACAGAAUCACGUUAGGAAUUUGCAUGUGACAGAGUUCAUUAAAAAAUACUUUACAAUAAAAACUGUGUAUAGUAAAACCAUAACUUAUAGACAUCUUCAAAUACUGAAAGUAACUCAAAUCGAAGAGAAAUAUAAACAGAACGCGUUGAAUUGUUUUUAUAUUAUUCAUAUACCUAAAAAAAAGAUAGUAAUCGUACUCAACAUAAUGGAACAGAAACUCCGUUUGUGAAAUUUUAAACAGAAAAUCACACCGCAACAAUUUGACACAAACUUUUGUUGCACAUACAACACACCCAUACAAGCUCAUAACAUUUCGAAAUAAGUCAUCGUUGCAGCUAGAAAAAAAAGAAAGAAACAACCAUUCUAGAAUUAGACCAGAGAGAAAUUCCCUGCGUGUUCAAGGAUCUCUGUGUCUCUUGAACACCGGGAACCUAUAUAGAAAUUAAAAAUACACUGACCCGGGAGACUGUCUGACCAACUUCCUUUAAAAAGGAUGUGCUUGAGAGAAACCGAAAAUUAUCCCUAUAUAAUUUCUUCGCCAUGAUAUGGGUGAUUUCGAAUAGAUGUGGCCCAGUUUCACACAUGCAGAAAACCACACACGAAACCCGAUGGUAGGGUGUAGGGCUUGUGAAAAAUCGAAAACCCCUGGUAAUUUCGGAACUACCGUGAAAUUCAACUUGAAUAAACACAAUACCGCAGGUGUCAAGCCACAGAAAACAGAAAACAGUAAGGGAGAAAUCGUUAAACAAAAAAAAAACACAAGAAACCGACGACGUUGAUUGGGUAUAAUUAUCGAAUACACAACACAACCAGCAGCAGCAGUUUAUAGUAUUAUUCAAGUACAUCAAUUAUAUUGGAAUGGAAGGAAACAUAGAGAAAACAAAUAUAAUAAAAAACUGAGAAAAACAGCUAGUAAGUAAAAUAAAACCUGGAGAAAGUUACAUAAAAAGAA